AUGCCCGGUUGCGUGGCGAGCCCCAACAGUCUUCUCCCCUGUCCACACACGCGGCAGUCCAGCGGCGUGCGAGUGUCUGAAAUGAGCGCGUUGGUUGCGGUGGCGGUGGCGGCUAUGGCGGUGUGCUGGCUGGCGGCGGGGGCGAGCUGCGAGCAGGCGGGCGGGGCGGGCGAGGUGGGCGACUCGCCGCUGGCCGCGGGCCUGAGGGUGGCCGCGGCCGCCUACCGCCAGUGCCGCAGCGGCGGCCACCUGCUCGCCUGCCUGCAGCUCAAGGCGCUCAAGGCCGCCGACCGGGCGCUCGCGGCGGACCGGGUGCCGCUGCUGGAAGGGGUGGAGCUGGUGAGGACGGGCGCCGGCAGGGGGCUGCAGGGCGAGGGGGCGACCCCGCUGGACGAGGAGCGGCUGUGGGGGCAGCCGGGCCCGCUGGGGGCGCUGCUGGUCGACCGCGCCGCCAGUCUCCUCGACUCGCACGCGCUCAGGAUCAGCCCUCGCAAGCUCUUCGCCGAGGAAGACGUCACCGAAGAAGAAGGCCGCAAAGGCUCCAAGAAGCUGAAGAAGUAUGGCGGCAUACUGCUCCUGGCGGGCAUCAUGAAGGCGGGCAUGCUGGCGCUCGCCACCAAGGCCGUGGCGGCCCUGGCGGUGGCGGCGCUGGUGGCCGGCACCAUCGCGCUCGUGCUGGCCGCCAUCAUAGGCUUCGGCACGCUGCUGAGCCACCAGGGCGGCGGCUCCACUACCUACGAGAUCGUCAAGCACCCGCACGUCAAGCACGUCAAGACGCACUCGUCGAGCCACGAGUACGUGGGCGGCCACGAGGACCACGAGGAGGACUGGGGCGGCGGCGACCACUACGAGUCCAGGGUGGGCGGCUCGGACGGCUACCCCUACUACGGGGGUCGCGCGCCGAACCUGCGCGCCCACCCGCUGGCGUACCGCUGGCACGCCGCCGCCCUCAAGGCCGCUGCCAAGUCCUAG